CAAACAGGACCGGUUUCAUGCUAACGCUAAUGGCCCCAGAAGGGUGAAGCAGCACUCCGACGAUGGCUGGGGUGUUUGAGGUGGAGGUUGAUGGUGUGGAGCACGACCACGGACUGGGACACCACGAUGAACCGCACCAGAUCGACGUGUCCAAGCUCUCACCAGAAGAAAAGUGGAGGGUGGAGCAUGCAAGAAUGCACGCCAAACACAAAGGCCAUGAGGCCAUGCACGCAGAGAUGGUGCUCAUCCUCAUCGUCACCCUGGUCGUCGCCCAGUUAGUCCUCGUGCAGUGGAAACAGAGACAUACAAAGUCAUACAAUCUAGUGACUCUGUUCCAGAUGUGGGUAGUUCCUCUCUACUUUACUACCAAACUCCACUGGUGGAGGUUCCUGACCACGUGGUUUAUCUUCUCUGUCGUCACAGCCUACAUCUCCUUCCGUGCCACUCGCAAGCCACUGUCCUGCACCACACCGAGGUUGGUGUAUAAGUGGUUCCUCCUCCUCUACAAAGUCAGCUAUGGUACAGGAAUAGUUGGUUACAGUGUCAUCAUGUUUACACUUUUUGGUAUCAACCUAAUAUUCAGGAUAAAGCCAGAGGAUGCCAUGGACUUUGGUGUUUCUUUACUAUUCUACGGUCUGUACUACGGCGUCCUGGGGAGGGACUUUGCGGAAAUGUGUGCAGACUUCAUGGCCUCAACCGUCGGGUAUUACAGCGCAUCCGGCAUGCCAACCAAACACCUCUCUGACAAUAUCUGUGCCGUGUGCGGUCAGGCAAUCCUCGUAGACGUCAGCGAGGAAGGGAUUAUUGAGAACACAUACAGAUUAUCCUGCAACCAUGUGUUCCAUGAGUUCUGCAUAAGAGGAUGGUGUAUCGUCGGAAAGAAGCAGAUGUGCCCUUACUGCAAGGAGAAGGUGGAUCUGAAGAGGAUGUUCAGUAACCCGUGGGAGAGGCCACACGUCAUGUAUGGACAACUUUUGGACUGGCUUCGGUACCUGGUGGCCUGGCAGCCUGUUAUUAUUGGAUUUGUGCAAGGUAUCAACUACAUCCUGGGUCUGGAGUGACCUGCGACUGGCAGUAAAGGACAUACACGCUACACAUAGAAGAUGUGCACUGGCUCGAAAAGACUGUGGGCCUAACAUUGAACUAAAAAUACCAAUAAAAAGUGUCAAUACUUUUUUUGUAUGUAUUUAUAGGCACAUUGUCUGCAUUUUACAGAUUAUUUGAAUUUUAUUAGCAAUUUGAAAUUUGAUGUCUGUGUCAGUCUCCCAAGAUUUGCUUUACACCAGCAUUACACCUUAAUAAUUGGUUUGUGCAUCUUACAGUCUAGUAGAAUGUUUUUUUUCUAAAUCAUUAGAGAGGUUCUCAUUUCAAUAAUCUAUGUCUUAAGUGUGCGUGUUGAUAGUUGAAGGAUCAUGCUGGUGUUUUUCUUCCUCAUGUUGAUAACAUGAGAAAUAAAUACUGUACGGAAAUAGUUUAAAGUCAUUGCUCCCUUUGCCUCGUCAGUACACACAGACUUCCUCUUCAGCUGCGUCAUUUGUGGUUAAAGGUAAUCGCUGAUAUAAAGCUGUUUGACCUGGACUGAUUCCAUACUUUGACCUGAAGUGCAACUGUGGAUAGUUUCCUAAGCAUUUACAGUAAUAGACCUUGUGACCGAAAGUCUCGUCGUGAGGAUAAAGUGUGAAUCAUAAAUAACCAGGAAUGACAGGAAUUCAAAAUGUCCUGAUUGUCUUCAUGGACACACAUUAAUGACACAACUGUCUUUGAUUUGACUCUUUGUUUCAUUCAUGUUUAAGGACAAUUUUUAAUACAAUUUAAGCAUCGGUUCACUUGCAUUACAAAAAUAUAUUAGAAAUGUACAAAAUAGUCAUUACUUAGCUGUCUGUAUCAAUUCCUGCUGAUAGUUCUAAUUCAUGUAACUAUCAGCUGUGUUCUGUGGAUUAAGUUUCAGGUAAGACGUAUUUCUUUUACAAUUAUUGAAAAUCGUAUUUAUUAUGUUGGUAUUAAUAAGUACACUUAAUCUACCUCCAUUAUUUUGAGUUUUGCAGCAGAAAGUUCAGCUGGAUAAAAGCCUAAAUCUAUCUACAUUGGUAGCUACUGUGAGACGUGAGAAGCUAUCUUUCUGUAAUUUGGGUAAGUUAAGGCAUUUCUAAAAUUAGCACAAACCAAAGCUACGAUACCAGCUAGUUACUGAGCUGAAACCAUUAAUUGUUCAAACAACGUCUGUCGAGGAUGAGGAGGAAACAUUUCCUGGAAUGAUCCUUUAACUCAGUGACUGCUGAUGGUGCCAGUCUUUUUUUAAAUGUGAUCUGAUUGAUUCGAGGUUUCAGAGGGAGUUUGUACAACACGGCCAACCUGAACAUAUUGUUCUAUUGUUCAUGUUUUGAUCAAGAUCGUUUAAUAAAUGUCAAAUGAUUGAGA